AUGAUGGUAGCACCACAGCCGCAAAAUUCACAUCAUCGAGAACGCAAUGAUUCCAGUUGCAAAAGUUCAAAUCACACCCAACAGCGACGACAAAGUAUGAAUGCGUUAAUACCUGCAUAUCAUGUCUCAUCAUAUGCUGAUAACUGGCGAUUUCGAGAUCGUGAUAGUUCAUCAAAUGAUCAGCAAAUAGCAGUUGAUGACCGUCGUACGAAAAAUAAUAACGAUAUGCGGGUGGCAGUCUUAGAGCAACGUGUACGAGAAUUAGAAGCUGCAGUCAUUCCAGGUCAAGUACAGUCAAUGCCCUUACCUUCAACUUCCUUCAUCAUUCCUGUCGUAGGUUCCAAAAAUUCAUCACGUAUUCUUCGUUCUGCUUCUGGUCAGUUUAUAGUUUCGGCUGCAACAACGCCAGUAACCCAGCAACUUAUGGCUCAGGAAGUUGUCGAUAAAGAAAUUGAAGUAGAAAGAUUGCAAUCACAAUUACGCAAAUGUUAUUCACGAAUGGAAUUACGCCAAGUACAAUACGACGAAGAAGUGAAUGCAUUUCGUCGUGAAUCUGAAGAAGCUAAAUUGCAAUUAACGAAAGUGAAAGGUCGAUUAAGUGAAUUGGAAAAAGAAUGUAUUGCAUAUCGUGAAAAAGCAAUGGCUGUUGAUGCUAAUCGUAACAGUACUGUUGCAUCAUCCUUAGAAAAGAUCGCUGCGCAGGAGCGAGAAAUUGCAAUGCUAAGAAACGAUUUGGAACGAUAUAUGCAAAUGGUGAAAAAUUCGGAACGAAUAAGGAAGGAAUAUGAAUUUUUGGAGUUACAAAAUGAAGCGUUAAAUGCAAAACUUGAUUCGAAAGAAUCUGUCAUUCGAGAUCUUGAAGAUAAUAUUCGAACAUUGAAAAUGGACAUAUCUCGUAAAAUGGAAAGUGGUUCGGUGACACCUAAAGCGGAUGUUUUACCCUUGUUCGAUGUUGAACCUGCGAAAUUUCUCGGGAAUUCAAAAGAAUCUAAGGUACGGGAAACGAGCGGCGAUCGGUUCUCAUUUUCAUCACCAUCAGUAGCAGGAGUGGUGGAUGGUUUACGAUCAUCAAAAAAAGUCGCAAAAUCGUCAUCUGUAAUAUUAUCCGAUUCGGACACUGAUGAUAAGCUACAACUUUCCGCAUCAACAUCGAAAUUAAUCCGAAUGCAGUUAAAUACAACCUUGGAAUGUCGAUUAUUGGCAAAAUGUUUGAAGGAUGUAGCUUCGAAAGCAAUUAGCGGUGAUGCACCGAGUGUCAGUCGUUUGCUAGGAUGUCGCAGUGAUUCGAUGUCAGAAUCGGAAUCAGAACCGGUAAUGAAUGACACAAGUGCAAUGUCAUCAAAUUGUGCUGAACGACAUAUUAAGAAAAUUACAGAAGAUUUGGAACGAAUUGAGAAAGAUUUAAAUUCAUUGCGUGAAAGUUUCGUGGAAUAUUAUCAGAAGAAAAUUGCGGAUGAACUUAAAGAGGAUGAUUCAUGUCGUAUUCAAUAA